AUGGCUGAUUGGCGCCAAAUCACCCCGACAAUGCCCGGAAUCGAUCCGUUUGAUGGGUUCCUAAUAAGCGUGAGAAAUGCCGUGGUAGGUGGGAGAAGACUUCUAAACGAGUUCUGUGCUCUGGGUGACGAGUCGCCACCCCGAUCACGAUUGAUCCAUGCCAAGGAACAAUGGAAAUGGGUUGAAAUGCUUAAGGACUUCUAA